UUUCCCCUGGCGCAAGAACAGUGAGCGCUCUCACCUCCCUGGCGUCCUGCUCCUCUUCCUCUCUUCCUCCUUCUUCUCCCCUAGGGUUAGGAUUUUGUGAUGGAAAUUUGAGACCUUGUACCAUGGAUUCGCUGGGAAUGGAGGCCCUUCCCUCCUCUUGCCCUCGGGGCGGUUGAUUUGUUCUAAUUUGCGACCAUAGUGUUUUGGUUUCGUUGGAUUUGUUGGUCCCUGUUCGCCCUUGGUUCUGUUCUUCUUUGCAGUUUAGGACGCCGCACUUGGGUAGGGUGUCCAGGCCACCGCUGGCGCCGCGCUGGUGGCAGCAGUUCCUGCUGCUUGCCUCGGCCCGCGCGCAGCCUUGAGGCACAGCACGCCUCAGGCGAGGGCGGCGGCAGGGAGCAGGAUCUGUGCAGAGGCAGCAAGCAGCAGGGAGGUGAGCAGCGGUAGGGGGUGUUCCUGCAGCAGCAGCUCAAGGCAGCGUCCAGCAUCGUCCAGGCCGGCUUCAAUCUGCGCGCGGCCCAGGACGGCGACUCCUAGGGUAAGCAGCUUGCACGGCAGCAGCAGCAAUUUGAUUGUUUUAGUUGAUAUGCAAAUUCCAGUGACCCCGGGCGACAGUAGAGGUAGCAGUUCAGGAUGCAUGUUUGGCGCACAGCAGCUGUUUGAUGAAUUGCCUAACUAGUUUUUCUUCACUGAUUUUGCUAGAUUUGUUUUAGGUCGCAGAUGUGUAGUUAACUCUUGUUCUAGGGCUGUUUUCUAGCUUUAGUUUGUUUGUCCUCUCACUAGAUUUAUUUGCUCGCUCUAGGUUAUUUAAUUUCCUGCUUAGUUAUACCCUGAAAAAGCAAAACACAAAUUAGUUGUUUAGUGCUCUUGCUAAUUAGUUUUAUUUCCAUUACUACUAGUAUUUGUUUUAUCUGUGCACUAACUCUGUCUUGUCGAGUUCUUGACGAGUUGAGCUUCCGGUGUUUUCUCUCUGAUCAGCUUCCGUUCGUUUGCACGUGUGUGCGUGUUUGUGAGAUUUUUUCACCACUUUGCUUCUGAGAGUGUGUUUUGGCUCCGGCUAGUGAAUACUCUUAGUGCUGAUAGCCGUCCUGUGCUAUGCAGUACUAAUACUCACUGUUUGAGAAGGUUUGGGUGCUUUAGGUAUUGGAUCAUCCGGUGUUGCAACGUCGGUUGAUCCGACACUUGUUAAGCCUCUGCAUCGAUUCAACCGGUGCUAGCUUUUUACUGUUGUAGGCUCUGCGCAUCGGUCAAACCGACGAGGUGCCCCUUGUGCACGUCGGUUCAACCGGUGUGUAUACCGUGCGUUGUUUCAGCUGCUUCUUCUCGCUGUUUGCUUCCGCGCUACUUAUCAUUUGUCCUAGGGUUGUUUUGUGUUAGUGUAGCUCCUCUAUAGCUACUCUACACUUCACCUAGGACUCUAGGAUUGGGUGUAUACUUGGAAUCUUAAGCCGAGCUUCAGAUCGCGAUAAAUUUUUAUCGGCUCCCAUUCACCCCCCUCUGGUCGUCUUUUCGGUCCCUCAACGUACAAUGUCGAAGUCAAUUACGAGUACUUCGAGGUCGCUUCUGCAAUGUCAAACCAGCUCGCAGAAUUGUUCCAGUGAUCAGUGGAUGCUGGUGCCGGUUCCUGAACACGCAUUUAACACAAACACACAUAUUCAAAGUCAAUCAAGUUAAAUUCUUUAAAUUAUGAUCUCAUCUCUUGUUUAUUGCCCUCAUGGCGACGUCGUUCAGAAUAUAAUACAGUGUAGUCAAUUGAUUGGUCUGGAUCGAACUAUUUCGCUGAAGCUUCAUCAGUUUAGAGAUGGGAUUCAACCAAACACUACUUCUUAAUUGAAAUAAAGAUACUAAUAAUAUAUAAUCUCAAGCACUUGUUCUCUUGUUCAUUGAAAUAAAGCUAAUAGCAUAUAGUCAAAUCAACACUUUUUUCACUCGUACACUCCACUUGAUCGCCUAAUGAACUUGUUGAGUCUAUAUCACCAACGUGCUAUUGAGAUAACGAACCAAUGCGUGUCUGCUGGGGCACUAUAAAUACCCAUGCAAGCUAGCUUUCUCUCAGCAUUCAUCACAUCUCACACUACUAAGCUCACACACAAUGGCAGGCACUAAACUGGUAGCCUUAGGUUUCAUUGUCCUCUUGAGCAUGGGAUUAGCUCAUGCUGCAAGGGUGGCUAGGUACUCCAGUGCGGGAGGAACUGGUACGGGCGAGGGUGGUGGUGGUGGAUAUGUGAGUGGCGCUGGCUCUGGGUCCGGUAGUGGUGCUGGGGCAGGUGAGAGCGGUUCUAGUGGUGUGCACGCAACUGCAGGAGGUGGAGGCGGAGGUGGUGGUACUAGCUACAAUGGCGGCUUUGGGUCUGGUGGUGGAUCUGGCUCAGGUUCAGGCUCUAGCCAGUAUACUCAAGGCUCAUACUAUGGGUAUGGUGGGUAUUCUAACGCUGGUGGCAAUGGAGGUGGUGGUGGCGGAGGACAAGCAGGAGGUUACUAUGGGUCUAGUGGCCAAGGUGGUGGCAGAGGAACCGGCUCUGGCUCUAGCCAAGCUGGAACAUACUGGUAUGGACCGAGUUAUGCAAAUGCUAAUGCUAAUGGCAACGGUGAAGGAAAAGGCACAAGUCAGAAUGGUGGCAGCGGCGGUGGUCAAGGUGGUGGAACUGGCUAUGGUAAUGCAAACCCUUAGAAGUUCCACCUCGAAAAAGAUGGAGCCCAACCUUUUUCAAAUGUUGUAUUAGAAUUUGCAUUUUGCUUUCUUUUAUUUUUAUCGUUAUGUGUGUGCUAGGUUGUAUCGAAUCAAUAAAGGGCUCCGUCAUUGUUCAAGUGAACACAAAAAUAUGCAUGCUAGCAUGCAUCUCUCGUA